AUGCGGACCGACGACAAGUCUUUCGCAACCGACGUGGUGUCCACACAAUCACAUUUUAAGACAUUUUUCUUAAAUAUGGACGCCGAGGCCGAUUACGGAGACGCGUCAACGGCCGUACACGUUCGACUUUCCCGACGAGCCCGCACCCGAAAACCUGAACACCGGAUGCGACCGGAAGUCGGCGUUUACAACAACAACAACUGA